AUGCGCAAAGAGAUAUUUCAAGCCACGCUUGGAGGUCCUAAUUGCUGUCUCAGGUGGAGUCACCCACUCGCCGACUUCAUCGUAGAGCUCCAGAUCCAUGUCACCGUCCUCUGGCUCGCCGGAAAUGGGCUCCUCCGCGACUGCUACCCCUGCGACCUCACACACUUCCCAGCCGGGUUCAUGCCCAACGUCCUCCCCCUCCCAGGGCAAUUUCCCAUGACCGAGUUGGCCUGGGGAUGCUUCUACACCAACCGCGUCUUGGGCUGGCUGCAGGUUAGUGAUAUAUCUAGAUCGACAAUCGCUUUGCUAUUGCUGCUGGAAUUAACCGGUGUGGGCGACGCUGGGGUUAAAAUGAGGAAGUUGGAGUCCCUGAAGACCGCCAUCAUCAGAUUCAGGAGCGUCGUCAUCCUCAUCGUCCGACUUGGUUGGAUCCACUGCAGGGGGAGCGAAUAUCUGGGAUUUUUCGACCAAGCUCCAGCGUCGCCCACACCGCUCGGUUAG